AAAUAAAAUGAAUCAAGCACAGAACACGAUUGCAGUGGAGUAUCAGAUUGUGAAAAAAUAUCUUGCAGUGGAAGAAUAUUUAUAUUUGAUAUGGUGUUCCUUGGAAAUGGCAACAUUGCUGUGUCACUUGUAUCCCCAGAGGGAGACAGUCGAGGUUUUCUCACAUCCAAUCAUUGGAUAAGCUACUCACUUGAUUUAAGCUCGUAUUUUGCCUGUACCAACCAUUGUUAUCUUUUGAGUCAAAAGCGUGGUGGAUAUCAAAUGCAGCAUCGAAAAUUUCAACCAUCCAGAACUUGUGAUUAUGUUCAUUUUUUAUCUUUCAAGAAUGGAUCCAUGAAAGUUGAAAGCUCUACCUGUAACAUUGAUCGUAGAAUUCAAGAAUUAUGGUGCCGCCCAGAGAUGCCCAUUGAUCUCGAAAUACAGAAAAAUGGGUUCACGCCAACUGGCAUUGCGGUUUGCAAAUCAAAAGCCAUUUUGAUUUGUCUUUGGAACAAUAAAGCACAUGAAAAGUCUCUUGGAAAAGUUUUGAAACUAAAUACUGAUGGACAUAAAAUCCUUGAAAUACAAUAUCAGAAUAAUCUACCAUAUUUCACGUGUCCUACCUACAUCACAGAAAACGGAAAUGGAGAUAUAUGUUUCUCUGAUGUAGAUAGAGUUGUCGUCACUGAUGCUGUCGGAUUUCUUCGAUUCCAGUACAAAGGACUACCUAGUGAUACUCACUUUGAUCCGUACGGUGUCUGUUGUGAUUCCAAAAAUAACAUCAUCACAGCAGAUAUGACGAAUGACAAAAUCCACAUGUUCGACCAGAAUGGUAGUUUUCUUCACUAUAUUCAGUACAAAAAUAUGAAAAUGCCCCGGGCACUUUGUAAUGACGAAAACGACUACCUGUAUGUUGGGGAGCGGCUAUGUGAUGAAAUAAAAGUUAUAUCAAUUUUGUAAUGAAUUCAUCUGUGAUGAUUUGGAGAUUUUUUUACGUUGAUUGCUGCAAAAGAAAAACAAAUCUUGCGUACAAAUCUUGGAACUGGAUUAAACUCAUUUUUCUUAUUAUGACUUAUUAUAAAUUGCCUAUGUUGUAAACAUGAAAUUACUUAGCAAACUUACAGUAGGAGAGAGAUAGAAUAUUUCACAAAGAAAAACAAUUGUUUCGUUACUUACAAAUAUAUAUUUUUAAUAAUGUUACUGAAUAAUGCAAAG